AUGCACAAUAUCAAGACAGGAUUCCGAAAAUCUGGUAUUUAUCCCCUAAAUCCUACUAUGCUUCUCACUACCUUCGAAACACCUCCUUCUACACCUCCUCCUGAUCCUACUCAACUCUCAAGAACCCCCCUUAGCACCAUCGCUAGCGAAAACCGUAAUUUCAUCGAUCAAUACCCUCGACAUGUCGAUACACCAAUCAAAAAUCGAUUCUACAGCCUUAUCGACCAUGCCGAGCGCUCUGAGAAGGUAUAUGCAGAUUUUGAGAUAGCUAGGGAUGAAGUUGAGAAGCUAAGGGAUCAACAGAAGGCUAGCAAGCGAAAGAGGAAGGGAAUCACAGUAGAGAACACAGGUACGCACAUCAUAUCGUCUCAAGAGGUGUUGGAGAUGAGUAGAGAAGGAGAAGCCGAGACAGCGGCAAGGAAGCGACGAUACGACUCAAGACUAGCACGAGUAGAUAGGCUAGAGCCUGUAGAUUGGGAUGAUAUGCUGUCUGACUAG